AUGGAAGUUUAUUGUCAAGAGUCUCAAGAGAUUACGGCACUGAAAGAGAAGAAGAAUCUUCCUAAAAGAAGCAACAUUUUGAAUUUAACGCCGAUCUGGAAAGACGGUCUUCUGCGUUCGAAUACGAGGCUUCGACACUUGGAGGAUUUGAGCGAAGAGAUAAAAUAUCCGAUCAUUUUACCCAAGAGACAUCCAGUGACAAAACUCAUGAUCAUCGUGAAGUAUCACCACGAAAGUGAAGGGCAUCGAAUGGGCGUAAACUUCACGUUGAACAGACGAGGGAAGACGCGAACGAAGCGGUAUUUGUGUCUAUUUCUUUGCUUGCAGACCCAUUGUUGCCACUUAGAAAUGGCAUGGUCGUUGGAAACAGACGGAUUUUUGCAAGCGUUCACCAGAAUGGUAGCGAGAUGCGGUUGGCCUCGAACUACGCUUAGUGACAAUGGUACCAACUUUGUAGGAGGUCAAAAUGAGAUUUGUAAACUUGUUGCUGAAAUCGACAAAGAGAAGAUUAAAGGGGUAGAGUGGCGUUGGAAUCCACCAUUAUCACCGCAUUUUGGAGGCGUGUUCGAACGGAUGAUUCAAUCAGCCAAGAGAGCGAUCCAAGUAAUUUUAACUAACACAGACGUAAGUGACGAAGAACUGGAAACCGUCAUUGUUGGAGUAGAGAGUAGACAGAUUUAGAUCGAGGACGUCGACGUGAAGAGGACGUCAAAUUGUCGCGCAAAGCCUGGGUCUAGGACGUCGUCCUGUAUAAUUUAAAAACAGACUUAGAUGAAUUUUUACGACGCCAUGAAGGCUUGUAGAAUUUUCUUUUGGAAAAAUACAUCUUUGCGUUGAAAUACCCUACUUUAUAAAACUUUUGUGAGCCCACUGAAAGAUGAAGACUAUCUAGAAGUGAAUAUAAAAGAAAAGCUUAAACUGCAAAGAGAUUUGGACCGAAAUAAUAUGUAAUGUUUACAUUGUAAUGAUUGUAUUUAUUUACACGUCUCGUACGAAGACUUUGUGCAGGACGCUUGCCAGAUGAUUAGUUGAUGUUCUUUUAAUAUUUCCUUUAAAACUUUUAUACUAUUUUUUUAAAUAUAAAUUUUAGACGUUAAAUGUCGUGUUGCUGGCGUGAUAUUAGUUGUAGUAUUUUUUGUAGAGAUUUUAGCUAGCCCAAAAGUACAUUGUUCAAUUCAUUGUGGCAAAAAAAUCUAAAAUGUCGCACGGUUUACAAUCUGUUCGUGAUGCUAUAAUUCUUGCUCGAGCAGGCCAGUAUAUUUCUGAUGCCGAGUUCAUUUUACUUUUCGAUUACAACUGGUCAAAACCAUUGUUCCCAUAUUGGAAAUUUGAUGAAUUUAAUAUGGAUACUUGGGAUGAUGAAUAAUGCAGAACUGAAUUACGGUUUGCCAAGGGAGAUCUGCCUGUGUUAAAAGCUGUAUUAGGAGUUCCAGAUAAAAUCACCUGUCAACAAGGGACAACACGUUCAGGAGACGAAGCACUCUGUAUUUUGUUGAAACGGUUUGCAUACCCAUGUAGAUACUCGGAUAUGGUGAGCAGAUUUGGUAGAAAUCCUUCAGAGCUAUGUUUGAUUUUUAAUGAAGCGUUGGAUUUUUUGUAUGAGCGACAUCACCAUCGCCUUCAAAGUUGGAAUCAGCCAUUUUUGUCACCAGAAAUCCUUCAAAUUUAUGCUGAUGCCAUUCACAACAAGGGUGCCCCACUGGAUAACUGCUUUGGGUUUGUUGAUGGUACUGUUCGACAAAUUGCGCGGCCAAAGUAUCACCAAAAAGUUAUGUAUAAUGGUCAUAAAAGAGUCCAUUCAAUUAAGUUUCAAAGUGUUGUUCUACCCAAUGGUCUCAUUGGAAACCUUGCUGGUCCCUAUGAAGGUAAACGACAUGACAGUGUGAUACUCCAAGAAUCUGGUCUCUUAACAAACCUACGACAGAUUGCCUUCUACAACAACAACCCCCUUUGCAUAUAUGGUGAUCCUGCUUAUCCACUGGGUGUUCAUUUGCAAGCACCAUUCAGGGAAAGAGAGCUUACACCGGCAAUGGCAGAGUUCAACAGGGAGAUGAGCCGGGUUCGAGUCUCUGUCGAGUGGAUGUUUGGAAAUAUUACUAAGUAUUUCAGCUUUGUGGACUUUAAAAGGCAAAUGAAAUUGCAUCUGAGUCCUGUUGGAAAAAUCUACACUGUGGCAGCAUUGUUGCAGAAUGCUCAUACCUGCUUGUAUGAGAACAUUGUAUCUCAUUUUUUUGAUCUGAAGCCUCCUUCAACCAUGAAUAUUUCUGGUAAUACACAUUCACUUAGUCUUAGUUGUGAAUUUUAA